AUGAGCUCAAAUCCAAAUAUAGCCGCAGAUAUGAUCAUCAACGGGCUCUAUCGUGUUCUUGAGGCUGUACAAAAAUAUGGCAUUACUAAACAGGAUAUCUACAACUUUGAUGAGACUGGCUUUUCAAUGGGCAUGAUAUCAACAGCAAAGGUUGUUACUGGCUCUGAAUCUAGGGGCCGGCCUAAAGCAAUACAACCAGGGAAUCGAGAAUGGGUGACUGUGAUUGAGGCAAUCAAUGCAGCUGGCUGGGCCCUGCCCCCAAUGAUCAUCUUUGCUGGCAAGAAUCACCAAUCUAAUUGGUAUCCAGAUCUACCAAAGGGCUGGGCAAUUGGGACUAGCAAUAAUGGAUGGACCACUGAUGAGCUAGGGAUGCUUUGGCUAAGAAAUGUCUUUGAUAAGCAUACCAAAGCUUGUACAGCAGGCAAAUAUCGCCUGCUAAUUCUUGAUGGCCAUAGCAGCCAUAUAUCUGCUGAAUUUGAUCAAUUCUGCACUGAGAACAUGAUCAUUCCUCUAUAUUUACCACCACAUUCUUCACAUCUAUUACAACCACUUGAUGUUGCCUGCUUUGGGCCAUUAAAACAUGCAUAUGGGCAGCAAAUCCAGAUCUAUAUGCAGCACGACAUCAAUCAUAUUGACAAGGAGGAUUUCAUCACUAUCUACCAGCAAGUACGCCCGCGAGCUCUGACUGCAUCUAAUAUAUGCAGUGGAUUUGCUGCAUCAGGCCUGGUUCCAUAUAAGCCAGAGCAGGUGCUUGACCAACUUCAUAUUCAAUUGAAAACACCUACACCACCAGGCACAUCCCAUAGCAAUCAGUUAUCUAGCUGGACUGCUGAGACACCAAAGAAUGCUAGGGAGCUAGAGAAGCAGUCAGAGCUAAUCAAGCGUCUUUGGCGGCAGCAUACGCGGAGUCCUCCCAGUCCAAUUAGUCAAGCAGUUGAUCAAGUGGUCAAGGGCUGCCAAAUCGCGAUGAAUAAUGCAGUGCUUUUAGAGCAUGAAAUCAAGCAGCUACGUGUGGCCAAUCAACGUCAAAAACGCCAGCAAGAGACAGCUAGAUCCUAUAUUGCUACCGGGGGGAUUUUAACUGCUGAAGAAGGCCAGCAGCUUGCUCAGCAAGCUGCAGAAUUGCAGGCAGAGGUAGCUGACCAAGCUGAUAUGCAGCCUAGAAGACGUGCACCACCGCGGUGCAGCAACUGCAAUAUUCAAGGUCGUACUAGGGUCAGCUGCCCUAGUAAAUAG